AUGGUUCGACCCAGAAGAGCCGCAGUUCGGAGAGAUCCGAAUCAGAAUGAGAAUCCGAUCGCAGCGGCCGAUGUCCCGUGGGUCAAAAUUGUCGGAUCUCAACCGAUUUGUUCUCCAGAAUACUUCGAGCGCACCGAGGAUCGUUUCUCGACGAGAUGAAACGGGCGGCGGCGGAUGCGCGUGCUCGGGGAAUGUAAGCAAAAAUCGAUUAAAAAAAAAAACGGGGUUUUCACAAAACCUCAUGCCACUUCAGACUCCUCGACAUUGUCAUCUUCUUCACGCAUCCGCCGGGCGUGCCACGUGUCCCGCACGACCGUCACGGUCCGCUGAUGCCGCAGUUGGUGCCCGCGGAGAGCGACGUCGAGCGCUUCGAGCAAAUUGUCGAUUUGGCGAUCGAGCACAAUCGGUAACGAGAAGCGACGACCUGAAAAUAAUGAAAAAAACGUUGAAGGGAAAUCACAUCGUUCGUUAUGAAGCGUCUCGAAGAUCGACGAGAAGCGCCUUGA